ACAAAAAAAACUUUCUAACCGUUUUCUCACCGUUUCUCAGCAUCCAAGCAAGAUAUUGCACAUCAUCACCAAUUCACACUGAGAUCUGAAUUUUUUUGCGAGCUAUGAAUUACAGAAGAGAUAAUCGCUCCUCCAGAUCAUCACUUAUAGAUGGUUUUGAUUCUCUGGAGGAGGGUGGUAUAAGGGCUUCUUCUUCUUUCUCACGUGAAAUUAACGAGCAUGAUAAUGAUAGAGCCAUAGAGAGUUUGCACGACAGAGUUACCUUUCUAAAGCGAUUGACAGGUGAUAUACAUGAGGAGGUUGACAGUCAUAACCAUUUGCUUGAUGGGGUGGGUAGCAAAAUGGAUGGAUCAAGGGGUAUGAUGUUGGGAACCAUGGAUCGAUUCAAGAAGGUUUUUGAGAAGAAAUCGACAAGGAAAACGUGCUCACUUGCGGCUUAUUUCACAGUUGCCUUCAUAUUCAUAUACUAUCUUAUUAGGAUGCUUGGAUAUUUUACACUUGGGUAAAGAACGUUCUGUUGAAGCACAUCUAUUUGAUUGAGUGAUGGAUGUUUGGAAGCAAAAUCCUGUGGUCGUGUGCUGUAAGAUGUUUGUACCAUACCAUUUGGCAAAGGAGAUGGUUUGAUAGUCACUUGUGACCGCAGAAACUUAUUGCAUAUAUGAAGCUUAACAAAAUUCUAUUGUAUACUUCAUCUUUUGACCUGGUCUUGUUUCCAUUUUUUCACAUUGAUGCAAGUCUUGAAUUCAUUUAUUAUGUAAAUUCCAGUUAUAUGAAAUGAUUGUAUUUAU